AUAUAUAAUAUAAUGUUCGUUUUCUGUUCCGCCAGAUUACCAGAAGAUCGCCAUUUCUCCACUUUGUCCAAAGCAAUAUUCUUCUUUGUCCACCAUAUCUCUUGUUCAGCAUAAUGGGGCGUUUAAGUCGGACUAUCUUUGUGGGCAAUCUUCCCGGCGAUAUUCGAGAGAGUGAAGUAGAAGAUUUGUUUUACAAGUAUGGACCUAUUGUGCAAAUUGAUCUGAAAAUUCCUCCAAGACCACCAGGUUAUGCAUUUGUGGAGUUUGAAGAUCCUCGCGAUGCUGAUGAUGCCAUUCGUGGAUGUGAUGGAUACAAAUUUGAUGGACAUCGAUUACGAGUUGAACUUGCACAUGGUGGGCGAGGAUCAUCAUCGUAUGAUCGCUAUAGCAGUCACAGUAGUGGGAGUCGUGGUGGAUCUUCAAGACGAUCGGAUUAUCGGGUUCUCGUCAUUGGACUACCAUCUUCUGCUUCAUGGCAAGACUUGAAGGAUCACAUGCGUCGAGCCGGAGAUGUUUGUUUCUCUCAAGUCUACCGUGACCGUGAUGGUGUAAGAGGAAUUGUGGACUACACCAACUACGACGAUAUGAAAUAUGCGAUAAAGAAACUUGAUGACUCUCUGUUUCGCAAUCAAUUUUCUCGAGCUUAUAUACAGGUAGGGGAGUAUGAUAAGAGGCGUAGCUACUCGAGGAGCCCAAGUCCAUAUUAUUCAAGAAGCAGGAGUUAUUAUGAUAAGAGGCAUAGCUACUCGAGGAGCCCAAGUCCAUAUUAUUCAAGAAGCAAGAGUUACUCAAGAAGCAGGAGUCCCCUACGAAGCUAUAGCAGCCGGAGCAGAAGCGUAUCUCCUAGGGGUAAAUAUACUAGUCGCUCUUCAUCUGUAUCACUUCCAAGGUCCUUUCCCCCUGCUCGCUCUGUUUCAAGAUCUCUAUCAAGGUCUAGAUCUCCUGUGUCAUCUCUACCUCGCCCUAAGCUUAUCAGAGCAAGCCGCAGCCGAAGCAGGAGUAUGUCUUCUUCUCGUUCUUCGGGGAGAUCCUAUUGAGACCUUUAUGGUAACAAUGGGCAGGUAGUAGCUGAAUAAGCAGAUGUAUUGUAGGCUGUUAUAGGAUGUUAAAGAAGUUGGCUAGUGUAUCUGGUUAUCUUGCGGACUUCGUACGUUGUCAGCCUCUGGAGGUCGAGCAUCAUAAUCUUGCUGGCUAGCUCGAGUUGUAGAAACUAUGAUGUACUUGACUCAUGUAGUUUAAUGAAUCCGUAUGUCUUCCCUAAUUGCUUAGCCAACUAGAAAAUAUUUAUACCUGAACUUACUUUGAUAAUCUAUGCUUUUUAUUUGUUUCAUAAUCACCUUAUAUACGAUGUUCUGGGCCAUCUUCAAAUA